UCUAUUUAAUUAACAAUUAUUGCAAUGCGCACUCUUAACCCUCCUCUCACUUUCACUCAACCCUUAGCGCCUCACGGAGCUCAGAGCUCAGCGUCGGUACGGCGGCGGCGUCAGUUCCCGAUUCAUCCAUGGCGGAGGCCGAUUCCAGCAGUGUUGACUCGGAUUACGCGGAGAUCCUUGUAGUGCGUCAUGGCGAAACGGUCUGGAAUGCUGACGGUAGAAUCCAGGGGACUUUGGAUGUCGAAUUAAAUGACGCUGGGAGGCAGCAAGCAGCCGCACUGGGUGAUAGAUUAUCCAAGGAUCCCAAAAUCUCCCUUGUAUAUUCUUCAGACCUGAGUCGAGCUUAUGAGACUGCACAGAUAAUUGCAUCCAGGUGCGGUGGGCUAAAGGUUGUUACCGAUCCUGAUCUACGAGAAAGGCAUAAAGGUGUUCUUCAAGGACUUGCAUACCAUGAAAUUCCCAAACUGUAUCCUGAGGCUUACCAGGCCUUUUUAUCUGGUGACACAAGUAAAGAUUUCCCGGGUGCUGAAGAAAGUCUUGAUCAACAUUAUCAACGCUGCACAUCUUCGUUGCAGCGAAUUGGCAAUAAACACAAAGGAGAGCGAGUAGUUGCGGUCACCCAUGGGGCGGUCAUACAUACACUCCUCACGAAGGGUUACCCAAAUGGCGAUUUUAUUGGCAAAAUUAUACCCAAUACAUCGAUCCAUGUAUUUCGCUUGUACGAUGACGAAAAAUGGACCGUAAAAUCCUUAGGUGAUGUUAGUCACCUCAACCAAACUGAUUUUUUGUAAUCAGCUCUCCGUGGGGACGAAAAAUCUGCCUAGUCCGUGUGUCGGGUUCUCUCGCAAUUUGUAGUAAUGAAUUGAAUGCUGGAACUGCCUAGUCACUAUUCAGUAACAAUGUCAUUUAGCUGAUGCUGGAUUAUCGCAUUAAGGUGGCCUAUGUUCUUGAGAAUAAUAUGUCGUAUUGCUUGAUAUGGUUAUUGGAUUGGAAGAAGUUCAAGCAUAAGAUAAUUUAU